AACGUAUCUCUGUCAUUUCUGAGCGCACUGAGCUGCCGGAGUCGACCGGAGAACCAGACUCCAUUUAAAAAAUGUGUCAUUUCAUUCCCGACAUUUAACAAUAAAUAAGUAAAAACAUACUCGUCAUAUAAAAUGUGGACAUGGUCUCGCUGAUUUAAAGGAGCUGCUCUUUAAUUCGGUACACGCCUGAAACAUCCCGAGAUGACCAUCCAUAACUUGUACAUAUUUGACCGCAAUGGAAACUGUUUGUAUUAUAACGAGUGGAACCGCAAGAAGCAGGCGGGGAUCUCCAAGGACGAGGAGUUUAAACUGAUGUAUGGGAUGCUGUUCUCCAUCCGCUCGUUCGUCAGCAAGAUGUCUCCUCUGGACAUGAAGGACGGUUUCCUGUCGUUUCAGACCAGUAAGUAUCGCCUCCAUUACUACGAGACUCCCAGUGGACUGAAGUUCGUCGUGAACACCGACCUGUCUGUAACCAACGCCAGAGACACACUGCAGCACAUAUACAGCAACUUGUAUGUAGAGUACAUAGUGAAGAACCCGGUGUGUGUGCUGGGUCACAGUCUGGACAGUGAGCUGUUCAGCAGCCGACUGGACGCCUUCAUCAGAGCGCUGCCGUACUACAGCCCGCGGGCCGCCUGACACGCACAGACACACACACAGUACACACAGACCUGUACUCACACACCAACAGUCUUAUUGUAUUUAUUGUGAAUUUGAAUUUGAUGUGGCUUUGUUCUGUAGCUUCACCUUCAUCAUUAAACUGAUGUAAAAAUCUGA